CCUUUUUCUCAUGCUGCCUCACAUUUCACGUAAACAUUUCCUCCUUGCGAGCGCACCGAGGCCAACAUGGGGAAGAUCGAGUGGGCUAUGUGGGCAAACGAGCAGGCUCUGGCUGCUGGACUCAUUCUUCUGACUGGAGGCAUUGUGGGGGUGGCCGGCCUGUUCAGAGGGUGGCAGUUUGCUGCCUAUGCUAUCGCCGCCGGGGUGUUCGUAUGUCUGCUGGAGUACCCGAGAAGCAGAAGGGCAAAGGGCACCGGGGUGGAGCGAAAGGGGCAGUACUGUUUCACUGUGUGCGUGAAAGCUUUUGGGCCCCUGACCAGGAACUACUACGUCAGGGCCUUUUUACACGCUGCGCUUUGUGUUCCUGCCGGGUUUAUGCUCGCUACUGUUCUAGGAUGCGUCUGCCUCGGUAUCGCCAGCCUCAUCUACCUCUCGGCGGCCAUCCAUGGAGAACACUGGGAACCCAUUCUCCCAAGAGUGGAAGUCAGGAGGGCCGCUCCGAGCAUUAAGAACCCCCCGCAAAAUCCUCCUCCAAGACCCCCGGCGGAGAUGCGCAGGAAAAAUGUCGAUUACUUGGAAGACGCCGCUUAUGAUAAUCCCAUGGCUGUCAUCGAUGAGAAGUAACCCGACUGGUUUCCCUUUCUCCGUUCCGCGGUUUGGCGGAAAUGCAAAGCCGAGGUUUAAUGAACCUCGAGACAUUUGGUCGACACCUUUUGAACGACGGGUGAUGGCGUGAAUGCCGUUUUAGGUUUAAGAGGGGGAGAAUGUCACACUGCAUUCGUUGUAGCUGCUAAAUGGAAUCGCAUACAAUAACUAAAGAUGUUUAUAUGUUUACGCUUGUGAUUGAAGUUUUCUGCUCCCCCGCCACUCUCAUGCGAUUGCACAUACCGGUGCAUGCACUUUUAUUCUACAGAUGUUCGCUUGAGUUCAUUCCCCUUUUUUUUUUUUUUUUUGCUUGUAUCACAUUGAGACACUGGAGGGAAAAAUAAGACUAUAAUUUUCUCUACUUGAUGUAAAUAAAUCCUUAUUUUUAC